AUGGCAAACUGGCGUUUCAUGUUACUGGUUGUUUUAACAGCAGUAGUAGUAGAAAGUACCAUUGCCAGAGACCUUCCUAGUGACACCAACAAAGCUGCUGUCGGUCUAACUGAACAAAAGAACAUUGUCAGUUUUGGUGGACUGGGUGGCUUUUCUGGCUUUGAUAACAACGGCCAACCCAUUGGUGGUGGUGGCGCCGGAGUUGGCAUUGGCACCUCCAAUGGGAUCGGAGGUGUAGGUGCUGGUUACCAAUUUGGUGGACCUGGUGCAGCUGCUGGUGGUGUAGGAACUUUUGGAGGUCUUGCUAAUGGUUUUGCUGGCUUGCCGGCUCUAGGUGGCGGUGGAAUUGGUGGUGGUGGACCUGGUGCCGGAGAUGAUUCUGGUGCAGUUCCACUUCCUUGA